AUGGCCAACACUGGAGUCGUCUGGGAAGGGAGACCUCAUGGGGAAGCCAAAGCCAAACUGGAUCCCAGGAGGAAAAUCAAAUCAGAACUCGAAAAUUUCAUUUCGGUUCAUUGCAUAGGUGUCAAGAUGCGCAGCAAAUGGGUAUAUAAAGAGCUAGCCAAAGAUGUAAACACGCCCGAAAAGAUAGCCAAUAAUGAACAGAAGACCUGUAUGGAAACGAGACAGGGGAAAGAAAACCGUCAAGUUGAACAAAUACUAAACAAAUUAUUGCAACUCGCACCAAUUCCUACGCCCGGUCUAUGGUUUUAA